ACUGCAGAUUUUGAACCCAACGUUCCGAAAUAAGAACCGAACAGGAUCUCCCUCAAGGAUCAAGAUCCACCGUCUCAAGAUCUCCUCCGGAAACUCCAUGGCUGCUUCUCUCUCUCUCUCCCUCCCUCUCUCUCUCUCUCUGUGUCGUGCCUCUUUGUAUUUUGGGAGGAGAGAGAGGAGAGGAAAGCACAGAAGGAAAGAAAUAUCGGAGGGGUUUUGGCUCCUGACAGCGACACGUGGCGUUUCGGGAGUGGCUGGGUCGUUCUCGGUUCUCCCCCCUCUCUCUCUUGUGCCAUGUCAGAGCCCGUUUCCUAUGAGCCCGGCGAAUCCGUAUCGUAUGCUCCCCUCUUUCUCUCUACAAACCCUUCUCAAAGGCUCUCUAUUUUUUUGUCGCUUCUCGUAUCGCGUCUCUCUCUCUCGUCUCUGCCCCUCUGGCUGUGCCCUAGAAUCGCUCUCCGGGCUCAAUCCCUAGCUCCCGUCUCCGUCUUCCCUUUCUCUUCAAUUGGAGUGGUCUCAGUCGGUUCUGAUUCGAGGGGCAUUCUACUGUGGAAUUAUUUUGGCGAGACCACUUUUGUAUAGUGUUACAUAUCAAUUUGUGCACGGAGAUCUAUCUGUUGCUCUGUUGAGGGAAACAGAGAUUAAAAAUGAAAGAUAACCCUUCCUCAAGCAGUGAAAUGAUUAAAAGGGAUUUCAAUUUCAACAUGAAGAGGAAACGAAGAAAACUUCCAUGUGAACCGGAUUUACCUAAUAGCAAAGAAGAUAAUCCAGUGGCCAUAGAGAUAGAGCCUUCAGGAUAUGCUUCUCCAACUAAACCAACCAAGCGCCGACAUAGAGCCAAAAAAACUCCUGAACGGUCCUCUUCAAAAAAGAAAGGAAAUGAUGGGUAUUACUAUGAAUGUGUGAUUUGUGACCUUGGUGGUGAUUUGCUCUGCUGUGAUAGUUGUCCUCGGACCUAUCAUAUUGAAUGCCUCAAACCCCCUCUUAAGAAAAUUCCAAAUGGGACGUGGCUAUGCCCAAAAUGCUCCCAGAAGAAUGAUGCACUCAGGCCUCGCCCAGACGCCAUUGCAAAACGAACGAGGGCCAAAACCAUCAAGAAAAAUUCUCAAGCAGAAUCAACGUCGUCUGUGUGUGAGAAAUCAUCCCCGACUUUUUGUAGUUCCGUCAUUUCUGGCAAACAGUCUUCAAUGAAAGGGAAGUCUGUUUUGGCCGAGGAAAGUGAACCCAUGGAAAAGAAAGUGGAUCCCUCCCUGAUGGUUGGGCACUCUGUAGCUGAACUCGAUCCUACAUUCAUGGAUGGUCGAUCAGAUUCAUCCUGUCAUAGAGAAGAUGAUCUAAUAAAAUCUGUUACAGAUCAACCAUCUGAGAUGAAGCCAUCGUUGGCUGCUGAUGAAGAUCUUUCUGAAUCUAGUUUUAGUAAUCCAGAGAGGAAUGGCGAAGCAUCUGAGGAGAAGCAGGAACUGGCUUAUAAUGGUAAUGCAGAAAACAAGAAUGGUGUUUCAGUGGUGGAUGGAAAGGGCAAAGGGAAAAAGCGAAAACAUCGAAGCAAUAACGGGGACAGUCUCAAGAAGUGCAAGACGGAUAAAGGAAAUCACACUGCUAAAGUUUCUGAGAAAAGUUUGUCCAAAACGGGUGCUCCCGGUACCAGAUCUAGCAAAUCAUCCAAAAAAAGGAGAAACAUAAACCAUUUGGUGAUAAAGUCUCAGUCCAAUGAUCUAUCCAGCAUGGAUACACGGGGUAAAUCUGAGAAGCUUCCCAAGGAGAAACGUUGUUCAGAUAAACCCUUGAUUUCCAUGGAUCACAAAAACUCUCUUCCCGCUGGAAAUCUGCAGGUUGAUCGAGUUCUGGGAUGCCGGAUCCAAGGUCAGAAUAUAAUCUCUUCAUGUGGUGCUCAUUCAAAUUAUUUGUACUCUGGUAAUUUACAAGGUAGUGAAGACCAGGAUAAACAACCAGAGGAAAGCUCUGCACAAGAUACUAAAGUAGAUAUAAGAGUUGCUGAGAAUAGAACAGAUUUUGGUUCUGAGACAGGUAAAUGUUCCAUGGCUGAAGCAUGCACCAGAAAUGUUGAUUGCACUGACGAAAAUCAUGUUUAUACAAGAUCCGUGGCCAAAGAAUGUAAAAUAAGUAAUUGGGAGAAUCUGGUGAAGGUAGAUAAUAAGAAUUUACCUAUGGAGAAUAAUGAUGUUGAUGAAUCUGCUGUAGUUUCUGGGAAUUUGGGAGACGGGAAAGGAAAGAUGCUUUUAGAGGACAAUAUCGAUGUUACCCUGAGUACACAUGAGGAGAAUGAAGAGAUAGAAGUUAGUAAAACAGUCUUCAGUGAGAGAGGAGCACAACAGGACAUGGAAGAAAAUGGUAUGAUGUCUGAAGAAGUUAAGGAGCCUAUCGCUGGGAAAACUUCAUGUCGUACUGGAGAAACUGAAUCAUUUGAGUUUCUGGUUAAAUGGGUGGGAAAAUCUCAUAUUCAUAACUGUUGGAUUUCUGAAUCUGACUUGAAAGUUCUUGCUAAAAGGAAGUUAGAGAAUUACAAAUCAAAGUAUGGAGCAGCUGUUAUAAAUAUCUGUGAGGACAGGUGGAAACAGCCUCAGCGGGUAAUCAGUCUGCGUGUUUCAAAAGAAGGUAAACGUGAAGCUUAUGUAAAAUGGACAGGACUUGCUUAUGAUGAAUGCACAUGGGAAAGCUUGGAGGAGCCUGUUCUUGAGAAGUCGUCCCAUUUAAUAGAUCUUUUUGAGCAGUUUGAGCAGAAAACAUUGGAAAAGUAUGUUGCCAAGGACCAUUUUCCAGGAGAUAGGGGUGAUGGUCAGCAAACCAAGAUUAUUACCCUUACAGAACAACCUGAAGAGCUCAAAGGAGGCUCUUUGUUUCCCCAUCAACUUGAGGCCCUGAAUUGGUUGCGUAAAUGUUGGUAUAAAUCAAAAAAUGUGAUCCUGGCUGAUGAAAUGGGGCUCGGGAAAACUGUGUCUGCCUGUGCAUUUCUUUCGUCACUUUACUUUGAGUUUAAAGUUUCAAGGCCUUGUUUAGUUUUGGUUCCGCUAUCAACUAUGCCAAACUGGCUUUCUGAGUUUUCUCUUUGGGCCCCAUUCCUGAACGUUGUGGAGUACCAUGGAGGGGCAAAAGCAAGAGCCAUAAUUCGUGAAUACGAAUGGCAUGCAAAGGAUUCAAAUGGGGCGAACAAGAGAACAAGUUCCUACAGAUUUAAUGUUCUUUUAACGACUUAUGAAAUGAUUCUUGCUGAUUCAUCUCAUUUACGGGGAGUUCCAUGGGAAGUUCUUCUCGUUGAUGAAGGGCAUCGUCUAAAGAAUUCAGAAAGUAAGCUGUUUAGCUUGCUCAACACAUUCUCGUUCCAGCACCGCGUGCUUUUGACAGGCACCCCUCUUCAGAAUAACAUUGGUGAGAUGUAUAAUCUUCUCAACUUCUUGCAACCAUCAUCAUUUCCUUCUUUAUCUUCUUUUGAAGAGAAGUUCCAUGAUCUGACAACUGCUCAGAAAGUAGAGGAACUGAAGAAACUUGUUGCUCCUCAUAUGCUUCGGCGGCUUAAAAAAGAUGCCAUGCAAAAUAUUCCACCAAAGACAGAGAGGAUGGUGCCAGUUGAAUUGACUUCAAUCCAGGCUGAAUAUUAUCGUGCAAUGCUAACUAAGGACUAUCAGAUACUGCGGAAUAUCGGAAAGGGGGUGGCUCAGCAGUCGAUGCUCAACAUUGUGAUGCAGUUAAGAAAGGUUUGCAAUCACCCAUAUCUCAUACCAGGCACUGAGCCAGAAUCUGAAUCAGUGGAGUUUCUUCAUGAGAUGAGGAUAAAAGCUUCAGCUAAGUUGACUCUGUUGCAUUCCAUGCUUAAGGUGCUACAGAAGGAAGGGCAUAGAGUUCUGAUAUUCUCGCAGAUGACAAAGCUUCUCGACAUUCUGGAAGAUUACAUGAAUGUCGAGUUUGGUCCUAAAACAUACGAAAGAGUGGAUGGUUCUGUUUCUGUAGCUGAUCGCCAGACAGCCAUAGCCCGUUUCAACCAAGACAAAAGUCGGUUUGUGUUUUUGUUAUCCACACGCUCCUGUGGCCUUGGUAUCAAUUUGGCAACAGCUGAUACUGUCAUUAUCUAUGAUUCUGAUUUCAACCCUCAUGCCGAUAUCCAAGCUAUGAAUAGAGCUCAUCGAAUUGGACAAUCGAAACGGCUUUUGGUUUAUAGGCUUGUUGUGCGUGCUAGUGUGGAAGAGCGCAUUCUACAGCUCGCCAAGAAGAAGUUGAUGCUGGAUCAGCUUUUUGUAAACAAGUCUGGAUCACAAAAGGAAGUUGAAGAUAUUCUACGCUGGGGGACUGAAGAACUUUUCAAUGAUUCUCUGAGUGUGAGUAAGAAAGAUACAUGUGAAGGUAAUGACAAAGCGGACAUCAUAAUAGACUUAGAAUGCAAGAACCGGAAAAAGGGCGGUGGCUUGGGAGAUGUUUACCAGGACAAAUGUACAGACGGGACUGGCAAGAUCGUGUGGGAUGAAAAUGCAAUCAUGAAGUUGCUUGACCGAACAGACCUUCAAUCAGGUUCCAGUGACGGAGCUGAUACAGAUUUGGAGAAUGAUAUGCUUGGCUCGGUAAAGCCUGCGGAAUGGAAUGAGGAAGCAGCUGAAGAACAAGGUGGAGCUGAAUCACCUGCACUGGUGACCGAUGACACUGGUGCACAGAGUUCAGAGAGGAGAGAGGAUGUUAUAGUGAAUGUCACUGAAGAAAAUGAAUGGGACAGGCUUCUGCGUGUAAGGUGGGAGAAGUAUCAAAGAGAGGAAGAAGCAGCACUUGGCAGAGGGAAACGCCUGAGAAAGGCUGUAUCUUAUAGAGAAGUAUAUGCACCAAAUCCCUCUGAAGCAUUAAGUGAGAGUGGCGAUGAAGAAGAGAAGGAACCAGAACCCAAGAAGGAAUACACACCUGCAGGACGAGCUCUGAAAGAAAAGUUUGCUGAACUGAGAGCAAGGCAAAAGAAGCGGCUUGCUGAGAGGAAUGCGGUUGAAGAUCUUCUUCCUAAUACCACAUUGCAGGGACCCGAGCUACAACCUCAAGCGGCUAAACAAGUCCAAGAAAAUCCUCGUGUGAUUGACUUGGAGAAUAGCGAAGUGGCUCAGCGAUCUGAUGCACUAGGAAGGAAAACUGACUCGACCUUAAGGCUAAGCAAUCCAACCAAGGUCAAAAUUGGCAGUCAUUCAGAUCCUACUCCUGUUCAUUAUGAUCCAGGUCAUCCACUCGACAACCUGCCAGUUCUUGGACUGUGUGCUCCUAAUUUUAGACAACCAGAAAGCUCGCGGAGAAUUGAAUCACGUUCAAGUGGUAGACAGAAGAUAACAGUAAGAGGACGGACGGAUUUCCCUUUCAGUUUGCCCCUCACCACGGGGCGUUCACUCUCGGUGGAGAGAGAAGCUAAUGAACAAGAGCCCACCUCGGGUAAAUUAAAGCCGAAAGAUGUGGAAGAGGGAGCUCCUCCUCAGCAGCUGGCUAGAAACUGUAGUCUGGAUGGUUGGUUUCCAUUUCGCCCGUUCCCUCCAGUUCCUCUGCCAAAUUCUGGUGCUGGUUUUGCUGAUUUACAGGAGAAGUUUCCACUUCCUAACCUACCUCUUGAAGACAGGCCAAUGCCUCGAUUUCCAUUUCCGCCCAUGCUCAGAGCCAUGGGAACUUCACAUCAGGACCUCUUACCCAAUCUUUCACUGGGAAAUAUGUUUGAAGGUGUUGGAAACUCAGCGCAAGACAGGUUGGCUAUGCCACCAAUGCCAUUCCUUCCCAAUUUGAAAAUCCCUCCUUUGGAUUCACCAGUAUUCAACCAGCACGAGAAAGAAUUUCCUCCUUUGGGUUUGGAUCAGUUACCUUCAGUACUUCCGUCUAUUCCGGAUAACCAUCGGAAGGUUCUGGAGAAUAUAAUGUUCAGAACGGGUUCUGCAGCUGGUCACAAAAAGAAAACAAGAGUAGAUCCAUGGUCUGAAAAUGAACUAGAUUCUCUCUGGAUCGGGGUUCGGAGACAUGGGUAUGGAAAUUGGGAGAUGAUUCUCAGAGACCCGAGAUUAAAAUUCUCAAAAUUUAAAACACCAGAGUCCCUAGCAGCAACGUGGGGGGAAGAGCAGCGUAAAUUUUUGGAUAAUCUUUCUUCUCUGCCAUCAAAAUCGAGCGAGCCGGUAAAAUCUACCAGAUCUCCCUUGUUUCCUGGUAUUCCUGAGGGUAUGAUGUCUCGGGCUUUACAUGGAGCAAAGUUCGUUAAUCCUCCGAUGUUCCAAUCCCAUUUGACAGACACAAACUUUGCAUUCAGUGAUCUAGCUUCCAGCCUUCCCCUAUAUGAGCCAUCAGAUCAAUCGGGUUUGAGAAGCGAGCCUUUUCCUCCUGUGGUGAAUCUGCGAGCUGGAGAUUCUUCUGCUGGACCAUCAGUGAAUAUUCCCAACGGGAAGGUGUUUCCGCACACCUCUCUUGGGAUGGGCGAUCUAGGUUCUCUAGGCUUGAAUUGUUUCAGUGCACAGAAAACAGAAGAAGAACGAGAAGCUGCCAUUAAACGCGGAAAACUACCAUGUUUUCUUGAUAGGCCGUUACUUCCAAAGCCUGAUUCCAGCAUCCGAAUGUUCCCGGGAUUUCUCCCCGAUCCGAGUCGAGUAUUGAAUCUCUCCAAUCCAAAGGGGAAAGAGGUUGUCGGAAGUAGUAGCUCUUCAGAGAAUAAGCUACCUCAUUGGUUAAGGGAUGCUGUAACUGCUCCUUUGAAGUCACCUGAACACAGCCUACCUCCAUCAGUGUCGGCUAUAUCUCGAUCGGUCCGUGUCCUAUAUGGUGCAGAUUCCGCCGUCAUUCUGCCGUUCGUGAUACCAGAGCUGCCUCCAUCAGCCCCAGAGGAUCCGAGACAUAGUCUACGCAAGAAAAAGAAACGUAGAAGCAGAUCGCAUGCAUCGGUUCAGAUUCCUACAGAUAUUGCUAGUAACAGCCUCAAUGUGCAAAGCCAUUCUCAAGACAAUCAUUCAUUGCCUGAAGCUGUUCCCUUGGUAGCAUCAUCUCUACCAGCCGGGACGAGUUUUCAGGUUGCCACCGCCGUGAAAAGCUCGGGCUCACCAGAGAUCAGAAGCUCAAUUCCGGAAUCUAUCAACCGAGUUGAACCUUCAGAACUAGAAGCUGGUGAGAAAAGUGAAUCCGGGCAACUACCGAUCCGUUUCGAUAAACUUCCGAAAGGGAAACAAGAGGGGCGAGAUUCCGAGAAUGAGUUGAACAAGAUGCAGUCCGAGGCCGAACAGCCGGACAUGGACGAUGAAGGAGCUGAAACAGAUGAAGUAACCACCUCCUCAUCUGAAGUGAUGAUUGAAGCUUUAAGAUGAAGCACAUUGAAACUACAAACAUUGUUUUGUUCUUUUUUUUUUUUUGGACAUGAUACAAAUUGGUGAAGAUAAGUUUAGGGCUUUGUCUAAUGGAAUGAAGCUAAUCACUUUAGAUUGAUCCGAUUCAUAUGUGUGGAUUGUGUCCCUGUUUGUAAACCGAACCGGUCAAGACUGUAAUGUGAGCCGUUGGAAAAUUCGGUUCCGGUCA